AUGCUCCCUCGCCCUGUCCGUCGGCCUUGGCGGUCAUGUGUAGUACUCCACAUCCUCCAAUCCUCCUACACUGAUGACUACCCAUCCCCGUUGUCGCCAAUAGCAGACGUGUUGGGAGGUGUCUCGUUAUCCAGCGGAUCAAGAGCCAUCUCUGCGUUGAGGAGAUCUUCGUUUGUUCCCUUGAAUUUCGCAGGGAGACACUCCCUGAUGCUCUUCGCGUCGAUGUUGGGGAUGUCGUACGCGGGAACACACUGGAAGUUUGCUCUGAGGAACAGCACCAAGAAGAUGACGUCACCAACACGCCCUUCGGUGGAUUUCGGGUAG